AUGUCCUGUGAACGUUCGAUAUGGCCGAUAGUCUCUGAUAUCAAUGGCUCGAUCUCGUUUUUCUGUUCCUUCAUUUCGCUGUUCCCCCAGAUCCUCGAGACGUUUCGGGACAAGACCGUUGAGGGUCUAUCGCCAUACUUCCUUCUGGCAUGGGUUGCUGGUGAUAUCACUACGCUAAGUGGUGCCAUCCUAACCGACCAACUGAUGUUCCAAGUUGCGAUGGCGCUGUAUUUUUUGCUUAAUGACCUGUUCAUCUGCGGACAAUACUACUACUAUGGGAUCCUCUAUCGAAACGCUCUGGCGACCACAGGCCACGAAUCAAAGCCUCAUGUCGCUCUUACGCCCUCCGAGACCCAUACAGGACCGACAGGCUCCGGAUCUAGGAAGGGCUCCGCGAUUGCAAGAGCGCUGGCUGUAGCCAGCGCUGUUGGCACCAGCGAAGCGUUCCCGAUCAAAGCCGCGCUGAGCUCGCUAGUUCACCGGGAUCUGAGCCACGACGAUCCCCCAGUGCCCGUUCCAGGCAACAGCUCCACGAGCAGCCUGGGGAGGGCCCUGGCCUGGACGGGCGCUGUCUGCUACGUCGGCGCCCGCAUUCCGCAGCUGUGGAAGAACUACAAGAGGAAGUCUACCGACGGCAUAUCGCCGUUCCUGUUUGGCACGACGCUGCUGAGCAACGUGACGUACAAUCUGAACGUCUUGACGAGCUGCGGGUUCAUCGGCAGUUCCGACCGCAGAGCGUUCGUGCUGAACGCUCUGCCGUUCCUACUAGGUGCCUCUGUUACGAUCCUGUUCGAUCUCGUCUACUUCUAUCAGCAUUACGUGCUGUACGCCGAGGACAUGAACCUCAGGGCCCUCGAGCGUGAGCAGCUCCGCUCGAGCGCCGAGGCGAGCCCACUGCUGCACGAAUAG